CCAAAACCUUAAACCCUUUCUAGCAAGCAGGCGUGCGUGAGAUCGAUGAUGGCAUUCAGAGGACUCAAGAACACUCGAAAUCUUUAUCAAGCAUUGGAGAUUCGGAAAACGUCGAAUCUGUUCGAAAGCCUAAGGAAUUGCUCCAAUGUUACAGUGGAAGUUCCUGAGAUCAUUCGCAGAAGAAAUACUCACUGCUUCUACAAGGGCCAGAAUUAUCUACCUUGCAUCCAUGGUGACAAUAUGAUCCUUCGUACUGCGACGGUUGCUGAAUCAUCAAUCUUCUUCAAUGGUUCACGAAGUUUAUCAACACAAGUACAAGCCCCUGCCCAGGCACGGAAAAUGGGGGCUUUGAAAGUUUCCAUGAUAAGUCCUGGAAUCAUCUAUGAGCCAUAUGGUCCUCGUGAGCCUAUCUCUUUUUUGCGAAGGUGGUUCACAAGAGAUGGAUGGAGAAGAACAAAAGACGAUAUCUUUCUGGAGCUAAAAAAUGCAUAUGCUAUUGCCAAAUUGCGUAAAUCUGGUUAUUCAAAACAGAAAUUCUAUGCUGAAGCUAUAAACAUGUAUAAAGAGAUAAACACUUUAAUGGCAAAUGGUGACAAAACAUCACUGAGAAAAAUGGUUACAGAGCCCAUGUACUCUGCACUCAAGAGUGAAAUUAAGCAAAGAGAAUCUAGAUGGAAUAAAGUUUACUGGGAAAUGAUAGAGCCAGUCAUUAAAAUUCGAACUCUACGGGCUCGAAUGAUUGGAGUUGAUCGUGAUGACCUGAGUAAAGUAUUCAUACAGCUGACACUUGAGUUUCUCUCUAAACAGAAAUUUGAGGCCUACAAUUCAAAAGGGGCUGUUGUUGCUGGAAAUAGGGAUAAGGAGGUCCUUGUUCGUGAUAUAUGGGUUUUCGAAAAGUCUCAGUUUCAGCCUGCUGCAUAUUGGCGUCUGUGUGGACGAAUUCCUGUAAAACCAGGUAAGACUUGAUUAAAGCCGAAAUCAUUUGCUGCCAGAUUCUAAAUCCUAUGUAAUACUGGUUUAAGGUGAGAUAAUUUAACGACAAACAUGUAAUAUUCUAACUGUCAAAAAUUUUGUACCUUUUUUCCUUGAAUUGAUUACUAGUCCAAAUCGUAGGUAAAACCAUCAUGGUAAUAAUCGAUAGCUUGAAUUACUGUAUUAUUAUCAUCUGAUAUUAAUAAAGAUUCAAUUCCAUCCUUCAUAUUCGGUUAUUCUUCUCAUCUAACU